AUGGAUUUAGAAAAAAGUCCAAUAACCAAACCAAAAAAGGGAUUCGAUUUCAAAGAUCUCAAAAAAUCGCUUAUCGUUGUAAUCAUAUUUCUAGCCAUUGUUUUACUUUUGUACGUUAGAAAUGAAGAAUGGAUUGAAGGUUUGGAAGGUGUUCCAAAUUCGAGACCAGAUAUUUAUGAAGACAAAAAUGUUUGCAAAACUAAAGAAUGCAAAACUCUUGCGAAAAGAAUGGUGAGACUUUUUGCAAUAUUAUCAGAAAAAAAUCCUGUUUUAUUUUCAGAAAUCUCUUAUGAACCCAAAAAUCAAUCCAUGUGAUGAUUUCUAUGAAUCAGUUUGUGGAAAUUAUCCAAAAAAUGGAAGUCUAGAACUAUUAAAAUAUUACGACGAAGACAACAAUGAUUUAUCAACAUUUAUCAAAACUUACAAACCAGCCACGAAAUCUGAGAAAAUUGCAAUGACUGUUUUGGAAAAAUGUAUGGAUAAAUCAGAAUAUCGAAAUCAAAUUGAUAUGAGUUUCUGGAACAGUUUGGAAAAUCAAACGUUGACUGAUGUUUUAAUCGAAGCUUCAAAAGUUAAUCCAAUCAACACUGGAUUUUUGAAAAAUUAUGUGGGUAUGGAACAUAAUCCAGCUACGAAUUCGAAAUAUCUUUUCUUUGCAAUAACGGAAGGACUCGAAACAAAAUCGAAAAUGAAAAAUCGUUAUAAUGAAAUCCUGAAUGUAAAUCCUCAUUUGAAAGGAGAAUCGCUUGUGUUUCUGAAUGAUGUCAAAGAACGUAUCAAGUUUUUUGAUGUCGAAAAAUAUGUGAAGAAUUUGCUGCCACAAGAAUAUCGAAAUGUGGAAAAUAACGGAGUAUGGCUUGUUGAAGAGAAUUCGGUUGCGAUCUUAGAAAGAAUUUUUGAAGAAUUUGGAGUCGAAGAAGUCAAAAAAGUUAUUCGAAAGAAAUGGGAAUCAACAAUGAACAGUUAUUUGGUGACUCGUGAAUUUGGAGAAUGUUUCAAAGUAAUGAAAAAACUAUUUCCUGGAACUCUAGGAACAAUUUUCAUGAAACACUUCGUUGAACCCAAAGAUCUAGACAGAGCCAAUAAAUUAUUCAAGGAUCUUCAGAAGGUUUUUAUUGAGAUGAUGGAAGAUAAUGAUUGGAUGGAUCAGAGUUUGAAAGAUGUUUUGAUACAAGAGGUUUUAGAUAUAAAAGCAUCGAUUGGAUAUCCAGACGAAUACAAGAAUCCGGAAAAUAUGGAUAAAAUGUAUGAAAGAAUUGCGGAUGAUUUCAAAAAUCAAUUGUAUUUGGAACUUGUCCAGAAUCUUCUGAAAAUGAAUAGUGAAGAAACAUUUUUGAGAGUUUCGAGAAGAGAAGAAAUCACAUAUCAUGGAAGAACGAUUGGUAUUAAUGCUAACUAUAUGUCAUUGAAUCAUCGAACAUGUAAGAUUUCGGGUUGAUGUUUAGGCAUCGUGGGUGGACUCGGUUCAAACACCCCUUGACUAAUUUUUUUCAAAAUUUCAGCCAUUGGUCCACUUUUCCUCAACUUCCCAUUCAUCGAUAGAAAUCUACCAGAAUGGAACAUUUUCCCGACUCUUGGUCAUGUUUUGGGACAUGAAAUUGGACACGCUUUUGAUGCUCAGUUUUUCUUCAGAAGUCCGAUGAUGACUAAUAUAAAAAUGUCAAUUAGAAUGCAACAGAUAUUCCAAGAUCGUAUCAAAUGCAUUAUUCAAAAAUAUAACAAAUAUCAAUUCGCAGAUGGAACUUUUGUAAGUGUUUUCGAAUAAAUUUCAAAUAUUCAAAAAAUUGUUUUUAUUUAGUCGAACGGAACUUUCACUCAAACUGAAGAUUCUGCAGAUAUGAUUGGUUUCAAUUUGGCUUAUAGAUUGUUCAAAAAACAGAAACAUUUCGAGAAGUUACCAUAUCUUCAAAAAUACACUGUAGAACAACAAUAUUUUCAAAGAAUGGGUUAUGUAAGUUUACUCUCACUUGAGCUCUGACAUUAUUAUCUUUUUCACAUUUUUUUUUUCAAAUUUCAGACGUGGUGCUCGGCAGAAAAUGAAAAGCGAAUCGAAGAUGCCAAAACAGAUGUGCAUAGCCUCGAGAAAUUUCGUAUCAAUGGAAUGAUGUCAAAUUUUGAAGAAUUUGCAAAAGCCUUCAAUUGCCCGAAAAAUAGUCCAAUGAAUCCAGAGAAGAAAUGCCCUUUGUAUAAAUAA